GGCUGUCUAUAAUCAACCUCAAAGUAUACUAACCUAUGAAAGUGAACAUAAUUUUCAAAAUUUCUUAUUUUGUGGUUAUAUUCUAGUGUAUUUUAAAAUAUUGUGCUAAAUGAACGUUUUAAUAUGCCUUCCAAAGGGCCAUUGGUUUGUUUAAAAUGUGAAACAAAUGAAUCACCUCUCUGGAAGAACGCCGAAAAUCUAGGAGCUAUUUGUUUAGAUUGUAUUAACGAAGCAAAAGACAAUUUAAAAACUGAAUUAGAAAACGAUGACGAACCGGACACGAAAAUAAGUAAACGGAAAUUGAGAGCUACAAGAUCUUAUAGGACGAGAUUAAAUCCUUUCGCUGUUCCAAAAAUAUCUGCGCCCAAAACAAGAGGUCGAAGAGCAUUGUUAAAAAAAACACCUGUUAAAGCACCAACGGCAGUAGCAACGACCGUUACAAGUGAAUGGGUCUUUUAUAAAGGUCAUUACAUUCAAGUUGGAGAUAUUGUUUCUCUUAAAGAUUCAGAAGGCGAUAAAUAUUAUGCUCAAAUAAAAGCUUUGAUGACUGAUCAGUAUUGUAAUAAAAGUGCCGUUAUAACGUGGUUACUUCCAACUCAAGAAAGUCCUCCACCAAAUGAAACAUUUGAUGCUGCUACUUAUAUCAUAGGCCCUGAAGAAGAUAUAUCAAGAAAAUUAGAGUCUAUGGAAUUUGUUAUGCAUGCUCCCUCGGAUUAUUAUAAAUCAAGAAACACUCCGUAUCCUUCUCCGUAUGCAACAGCUGAACCUGGGUAUAUUUGGGCUUCAAUUGACUCUUUAAAAUCAAUUGGAUGAGUUUUAUGGUGGCUUAUAUCAUUUUUGUGAUUCUUUAUACUAUUAAUUUUUCUUACAAGGGGUAUCAAAUAUGAAAAUAUUUUUAUUGUAUAUUAAUUUUAUUAAUAAUUGGUAUGAAGCUUUAAUGUUUAUUUAUUUCCACUAAAACUGACUUGAAAAAUUAAUAAUAAUUCAAUUUUAAAUAUUUUAAUUUGUUUUAAAAUAAAUAGAAAUAUAAUAAUUUACUAUUUAUUAAUUAGGCGAAAAUAAAAUUUAAAUCAUUGAAAAAUAUAUUUUCAAGCUUAAGAUAUCAUGCAAAAACAAUUAAAAUACUUUAUGUUUAUUUAAUAUUGUUUAUAUACAGCAGCCAUGUUUUAAAACUCUUCAAAUAUUUAUGAAGAAAACAUGCUUUAUUAAAUUAAUGGGUAUGUAUUAUGAAAAACAAUUAAUAUUCAAAUUUCACCAAACAAAUAAAAUCAUUUAUAACUAUAAUGGGUAGAAUAUCAAAAUAUCACUAACAAAACAACUAAAAUGCAGUACAAAUUUAAACUUUUAUCACAUUCGAGAAUUAUGGCACUCAUUUUCAAGAACCCAAUAGAAAAAAAGGUUACGACACUAUAAAA